AUGUCCCGCGAAACCCCCACGCAACAAAACCAACGCCGUGAUAUGCAGCUCGUGCGUCAAGCCACGCUCGCUGUCGUAAACCGCAAUGCAAAACGCCAGAACGAGCGUGAUCGCUUCUCGUCAGCCCCACCCGAUGACGCAGACGAUGGUGACUCAAUUCUUCCCGUCUUCGACAAGUUUGCGGCAUUCGACAGUAUUCACUCCAUGACGAAUUUUUCUCAAGCCGAAUUUGAAUCGCUCUGGUUCGCCAUCAAACCAAGCGUUCUUCGUACAUGGAACGUCGGAAAGGGACGCAAAUGUCCCUACUUUGGCAAAGACAUACUCUUUAUGCUGCUCACUGUCGUGAAGUCUGGAGGAACUUGGGAGUUCCUGGCUGCCCUGUUUGGACUUCAAGCUCCAUCAUUUGAAAAAAUGGUCACGAAGUUUUUGCUGAAAAUUCACGACCAAGUCUACGAAAUUUUUGUUCAAGAUGAAGCCAAGCUGCAGCAACAGACCCACAAUGAGUCCAUGUUUGCAUUCAGCGGCAAACACAAACUUUAUGGCAAAAAGGUGGAGGUCACUGUCAGUUCGUAG